UUAGGGUGUUACAAGUUUUUUUCUUUUUCCUUUCCCCCUUCUCCUCCGUCUCUCUCCCCCCUUCUCGGUUCUGAGGAAUGUGGGGCUUAUGUCAGUGAGAGUCAGGUACAGACUCACUAAUUACCACUGCCCUUCCUCCCUCCAUCCCUCCCUCUCUCUCUCUCUCUCUACCUCCCUCCCUCUUUCUCUCUCCGGCUCUUUCCUUCAACUCCGUCACCUCCUGCUCUCUCCUCCACUUCGAGACCUUGUGCGCUCCCUCCCCUCUCCUCCUGUCUCCUGCUGUUACGUCUACAAGUGCUGUCGUGACUGAGAGCAGAGGAGAGGACAAAACAGAGAGGAUCUGAGUCAGAAUUUUUUUAAAAAACACCAAAAGGAGAAGAGAAACUCUGACUUGUCCUCUCCCAGUGUGUGUGUGUGUGUGUGUGUGUAUAUGUGUGUGUGUGUGUGUGUGUGUGUUGGCGCUACAAGAGUCUGAGAUCUCUUCUCUUUGUGCUUUGGUUGCUUUGGGGGGGAACCUGUCACUGAAGACAGGAGGCGCCUUGACAGCGAACAAGUGGCCGGAGAGAACCUGACAGACAAGCGAGAAGGAGGAGAGGACCAGGAAGGGAAGAUGAGAAAGUGACGAGCUGGAUCUUUGCUUUUGAAUGGUGGCAGAAGAACCGACAGCAGCGACACGGUGACUCCACGUCUCAUCGUCCCACAGACCCAAAAUCUGAUUGGAUGGUUUUGUCAGAAUGACAGCCGAAGAUCCUGCUUCCUCCUCAACCAUGAGCAACAACGCUGCCCCAUCCAAACCCUCCAAACCCUCCGGUGCCUCCCACCACUCUCUCCACGGACAGAUCAACAUCCCUGAGGGUGUUGCUGGCGCUCCCAAUGAGGCUGCACUGGUAUCCCUGAUGGAGCGCACCGGCUACACUAUGGUUCAGGAAAAUGGUCAGCGCAAAUACGGACCCCCUCCUGGUUGGAAUGCUCCAUCUCCUCCUCGAGGAUGUGAAAUCUUUGUUGGCAAGAUCCCUCGGGACGUUUAUGAGGAUGAGCUGGUCCCAGUGUUUGAGUCCGUAGGUCGUAUCUAUGAGAUGCGUCUGAUGAUGGACUUUGAUGGGAAAAAUCGAGGGUAUGCAUUUGUGAUGUACACAGAGAAACAUGAGGCCAAGAGGGCCGUGAGAGAGCUCAAUAAUUACGAAGUGCGGCCCGGGCGGCUGCUGGGGGUCUGCUCCUCCGUGGACAAUUGCCGUCUUUUCAUUGGUGGCAUUCCCAAGACCAAGAAGCGUGAGGAGAUCCUGGAGGAGGUCUCUAAGGUGACGGAGGGUGUAUUAGAUGUCAUAGUUUAUGCCAGUGCGGCAGAUAAGAUGAAGAACCGCGGCUUCGCCUUCGUAGAGUAUGAGUCGCAUCGUGCAGCCGCCAUGGCUCGCAGGAAGUUGAUGCCUGGACGUAUUCAGCUGUGGGGCCACCAGAUCGCAGUGGACUGGGCUGAGCCAGAGAUUGAUGUGGAUGAAGACGUGAUGGAGACGGUGAAGAUCCUCUAUGUCAGGAAUCUAAUGAUGGAGACCAGCGAGGAGACGAUUAGACAGGUUUUCAGCCAGUGGAACCCUGGAUGUGUAGAACGUGUAAAGAAGAUCCGUGAUUAUGCUUUUGUCCAUUUCACCUCCCGGGAUGACGCUGUGCUGGCUAUGGACCACCUCAACGGCACAGAGGUAGAAGGGUCCUGCAUCGAGGUGACGCUUGCCAAGCCGGUUGAUAAAGAGCAGUACUCACGCCAGAAGGCUUCUAAAGGGGGAGUUUCUGCCACUCCAGAGGCUACUCAACAGAACUACGUUUACCAGUGUGAUCCGUACACAUUGGCUUACUAUGGAUAUCCCUACAACACUCUCAUUGGACCCAACAGGGACUACUUUGUUAAAGGAACCCCAAUGAUACAGAACAAUGGUACUGUGCGAGGUCGUGGUCGUGCUGCAGCAGGUACUCGUAACCCUGGACCACGGGGGUCAUACCUCGGAGGUUACUCUGCCGGUCGUGGCAUCUACAGCCGCUACCACGAGGGCAAGACCAAGCAGCCCGAAAAGCCAUAUGAGCUGAUGCCCAGUCUGGAGCUUGCUGCUUCCGUCAACCCAGUUGGCAUCAAACCUGGCACAAUGGCAUUGCCGACUCUGGGUGGGCAGUACCCAGUGUUCAGUGCUGCUCCUGCAGCCAAGCUGAUGGAGGAGGGGAAAGUGCACACAGUGGAGCAUCUCAUCAACCCUCUGGCCAUGCAGCACCCUGAACACACCACCACCGCUGCUGCUGCUGCUGCUGCCGCUGCCACCGUCCUACCAGCAGUGUCCACCCCGCCACCCUUCCAGGGCCGUCCAAUCACUCCCGUCUAUGCCAUGGCUCACAACGUUCAGCGUAUCCCAGCCGCUGGUGGUCUGUAUGGAGCUGGGUACGUCCCCAUCACAAACUACGCUGCUGCCAACACUGCAGCUCUGGCUGCUUUGCAGAAAACGCCGUGGCUGCAGCAUAUGAGGUUACGCCGGCUAUGCCGUGCCACAGCACUUCCCUGCCACGGCCUUCCAGCUGCCCAUCCACGACGUCUACCAGACAUACUGAUCCAGAGGCUCCGACCACAUGAAACAAGUUAACCUGCCUGAGGCUGAAUUACAUCCCAGCAGUGUCUCAUAUAGAAACAUGUCUUGAACUUGAGCUCUAAAGGAAUUUGUAGCAAAUGUUAAAAGCACAGACAAAGUGACAACCUGACAUCUCAUAUCCAUCAGCCUCAGUUUAUCCUGGAUCCAACUCAACCAUCUAAUAUUUAAAAUUAGGCAGAAUAACAGUUUUUAUUGAAUAUUCUAACAACAUAGAAGACAGACCCACGCAGACAGAACCAUAACUUCCAGUAACACAACUCAGCCCCCCCACCACCUGUUGCUAUGGCAACAGUAACGUUGAAGGUACGUUCAAGUAUUUAUGAAGAGAAGCUGCAUAUUUAAAGUUUUAUUCUCUUUAUUUUGUGGUGAUAUCUGUUCUCUGAAGCAGGAAAGGCAGACCUUUACACCAUUUCUAAAGUGUAAAAUGAAUACACAGAGAAAGGGCUGAUUGAAAGUAAAGUACAACAGGAACUACUGAUAGCUGGGGAUACCACUGAAAACAGCGAUCUUGGAUAUACUAAUGUGUUUUUUAGAUUUUUUUUCAUCAUUAUAUAGUAUUCUAGCCAAUUCUCCAUGCUGUAGGUGAUGUUGUCCGUUCCAUGCUGGUUGAAUGUGUAUGCUUUGAACAUGCCUGUUUGGUACUUUUUGGUUUAAGUGUUAUUGUGUUUUGGUUGUUUUUAAAUGAAGGUUCUAGGUGCGUUUUUUGCCUCUAAUAGUUUGCUUGUUUUUCUGUGUCCCCUUUUAACUUUUUGAAACAUAUUUUUUUCGUUUGUUUAAAGAAAUUUUGCCACUAAAUUUUUAAUUGUGACAGAAUACUUGGGGAAUAAAUACUUGGAAAAAAAAAGGAAAAUGAUGCCAACAAGCCUUGUAGACACCAAGUGCAUGGCAACAUUCCCCGUCCUAAGAAACUGCGCUGAUAGGGGGCUCAGACUGAUAGAUAGUAGUUUUUGUUUAUCAUUUAUGUGUGCUUUUAUUGUUGUUUUUGAAUUGUUUGACUCUUGUAAGGUGAACAAACAUGGACAGAAAUGAGAGACAUUUUUCGUUUUCAUCAUGUGGACUGGAGCAAUCUGUCACUUGAACAGCUCCUGCAUUUGCCAGUGCUUACCAAAAACUUAAAUCAUAUAUUACACUCCGGUCGGAUGACUUUAGAAAUGUUCUCUGUGCCUGACUACAGUGCCUUACACCUGCAUGCUGCGACCUCAAUGCCUUUCACUGUGCCUUUUAUAACAAAGCUAAGCCCAUGUGUUUGGCACAAAGAGGACAGACUUCCUCCAUAUUUCCCAUAAACCAGAUCUGUGGUAUUAUCUGCUAUCGUGGUGAGACGAGCAGGUUUCAGCCUCUGCAGCCAGAUGUGACAAGGCUACCUCCCUCCUGUAGGUAACACUCCGUAUGUCCGUCUCCACUUUGUUUCUUGUGCUUGACCACGGUGCACUUAAACGUAUUUAUAAAAAGCCAAGCGAUUGACGCUUUCGGAAGGUGAUAUAUUAAAUGCUGAGCAUGAAUUUUCCUGUUUAAACUGGACCAGUUUGGCUUUUCUCAGUGUUCACGUGUGUGACAGUUUUUCUUCCCAGAGAAAACUUACACUGAAAUAUAUGCAAGUAGCCACACGAUAUAUGAACUGCACGACUUGACCCGAUUCAAGCAGCUGCUGAUCAUGAAGUCUCACUCCAUUGUUUUCUAGAAACAUGCCAAACAUUUGUAUGCUACCUUGUAUUUUUGUUAUGAGCCCUUUUUAUUCUCCUCAUUUGAUGGUGUUAUAGUUGCUAAUUGUCCAUCAGCUUCUCAGAUUUUUGAUAACACACAGAUGCAUUUGACUUUGGGGAGUGCCUGGAUGUAAAGAUCGUGGAUGAGAUAAUAAGUUUAAGAUCUUAAAUGAAAACAGUCCAUAUUUGUGUGAAUUUAAUCUCACUCCAUCAUCUGCAUUUUACUACUUCUCUCUCCUCUCAAACUGGAUUUAAUGUAGAAGACAAACUGCUGUUAACUGCUUUAUUACUAUCUUGUAUGAUGACAGUAAGUCAAGGAUAUAUUUAAUAUAUGCAUUAUGUGUGUUGUGUAUGAAGUGAGAAGAAAAGGUAUAAUAUAUUAUAAACAUAUUUCUUUUCUUUAUUUACACUUUGUUUAGAGUUAAAAGUAACAAAAUUGUUUUUUUCUUUUCUCCUUUUUUUUUGGCCAAAGUGUCCAAUAGUUUUUAAACAUUCAAGGUUAUUGUGCUUUUUUGUGUAAUGUUAUGUUUGCUAUUUUGAACUGCAUUCAUUGUUAUGGAGUGGGAACACGAAAGAGCCUCGUGUUCUGCUACAUUUUUAAAAAAAUCAGUUUUAACAGUGAAGGUUAAAACUGGCCACUAAUGUGUUUAGUAGUAUCCAUUUGCUCCUUGAGCUGGCGGUGUUGCAACUCUACAUGUCGGGUUUUGGCAACAACAACACAACAAAAAAAGCAAACGUCUAACAAUGAUUUAGCCACCAUCUAAAUUUCACGUGUUAAACCUUCCACUCAAAACACCUGCUUUACCCUCUGUUAACUGCAUUUCAACCCACACUGCAGGAGGACUCCUCAUGUCAGCGUGGAGCUACAUGUGCCUAGUUUAUUAUAGGUGUUACCAUUUAAGCCUUUUCCUAGUGUGUGCCUUAUGCCAAGGAUGUGCCCUUUGCUAUACCUUUGUAGACCUAUGCAGACUGUUUUCUAUCUGAAGGUUUGUUAAAAAAAAAAAAAAAGAAACCUUGUUCUGCGUUGUUAUAUUUAUAGUGAUAAAGUAGACAAAUAAAGCAUUUUCGAAAGGA